CUCACUCCUUUUAAAGGCAGCCCCUCUAAUCUUUUUAUCUUUCCAUUCUCAGAGCAAAAAAAAAAAACUAAACUUUUCGUCUAUUUCAAUAUUUGUCUGCAAAGCCUCUGACGAAUUUGAGAUCAGGGAGACAGAGAAUGGGAGAAUGUAGGCCUCUUGGUUUCUUAUUGGGAUUACCAUUUGCUCUUGUCGCUCUUGUUCUCUCUUUAGUUGGUGCUGUCAUCUGGAUCAUUGGGACGGUACUGAGUUGUUUAUGCCCAUGUUGCUUUUGUUUUGCUGCGCUGGCCAACUUCGCUGUGGAUCUCAUCAAACUCCCUGUCAAAGUCCUCCGUUGCUUCACCAACUCCAUCCCUUGUUAAGACUUUCUUUCUUUUAACUUUAUGCUAUUGGUUUUCUUUUAAUUUUUUUUUUUUACUAUUUUAGUCCUUUUGUG